AUCAGUCAGCAACACGCGCCCAUAAACAAGGACGGGAAGAGCGCGUGGCCAGCAAUAGGAGCGCACCGUGUUGUGUAUGUGUCUGUGUUUCAGAGCGCGUUUACCAGAACAGAAAAUAGAACUACAGAUAGAAAAAUUGGGACUACAGAAUCGCUAUAAAACGGCCUUUCAAUUGCAACUUCGGAGUUCCUCCAGGCUUAUGCGAUUGGAGUGACUCGGAGGCUCGUGCCUUUCCCCCUUCCAAGGUUCCAGAGAGGCGCUUAGAAAAGCCCUGUGCAUUCCUCCUCUCGAAGAGAGGGAGGGAGGGAGAGAGAAAGAAGGGGGAUACGUAUACGUAAAUGCAUACGUGCCUGGAGCUGGUUUCGACUGUGGGACUGUGCAUAUAGAAGGGGGGGUUUAAAAACGGAGACGGUUGGGGUUAUUUUGUCGCCAAACGGACCUAUAGAGCGGCAAUGAGAUCGAGUUGCUGUUGAGCCAAUGCUUUGAUGAAUAAUUUACGGUCUUGUCGGCGGAGAGAGAGCGAACCGAAACCACCGUCUUCUGCAAGCCUCUGACGCCGUUGGAGAGGGCCCGGAUGGUGGACUAGAGGGCCGACAACGUUGACGCUAAAACGGGACGAAAUAUUUGCAUUGAGUAGUGUGAUGCUGUGUUGGUUGGGGAGGAAAAAAGGAGCUUUGGGCACUUUGAGGGGGAUCCUGUACAACAUCUGUUUUCGGACUAUUCUAUAAACCUGCCAGGCCGCGACAUCUACAACAAAAACAACAACAAACGAAUGAAUAAACAAAAACCAGUGAACUCUAAAGGUGGCUCUUUUGGAUUUGCCCUCAUGAAAAUAGCCCACACAAAAAAAGACAGAAUAGAUUUAGGCCUAUGUAAAGUUGGCCAUAAUUGUAGUGAGUAGCCUGUAAUAAUUAUUAUAAAGCCGUAUCCAAGUGAAGAUAGUGUUUCAUUGUGAACUGAAAUUAAUAUUGCUAAUUUGAUUUGAAGAGAAUCUUAUAAAAAAAGGGCGGACUUUAUUUGCGUAUCUGGCGUCAGUUGACGGUUAUUUUUUGGAGAUAACACCUAUAGGGCCAAUCCUAUGUAUGUGGAGCAUUUUGACUGUAAAAAACUACCUACCUCAAGAACCUGUUUUCCACAGAAGAGAACACAAGGGGAGAAACAAACGUACGUUUCCCAAAUGAAUACCCCAGUAAUACCUGAGUGGAUGUUUUUAUAAAGUGUAGCCUUGUUUAAAACCCCUCAGAUGGCUUCAUUCUCAGACUCCGACCUACAAACCUGUCCUCUCUGCAAGGAGCUCUGUGGCUCCUCCUCCACUCCUAUUUCCUCCAACUCCUCCACCUCAUCCUCCUCAUCUCAUUCCUCCUCCUCGUCGUUCUCCUCCCGGCGCCUCCAUGUCCUCCCCUGCCUCCACGCCUUCUGCAGGCAGUGUCUGGAGGGCCAGCGCAGCCCUGGGGACCCUCUCAAACUCAGCUGCCCCACCUGCAAUCAGAAGGUCUCCAUCUCUGAAGCCGGAGUAGACUCCCUCCCUUCCUCCAACUUCCUCUUCAGUAACCUUCUGGAUGUGGUGGUGAGCUCCGAGGAGCAGCUCCAACUCGGCCAGAAUAUCAACGGCCACCACCGGGGGGUCAGCAGGGGCUCCAUACCCGGGUUCCACCACCCCCACGGCGGACUCCUCCGCCCACACCGCCUGGGAGAGCCUACGUGUAGCUCCUGUGACGAGGGGAACCCGGCCGGCUCCCACUGCCUGGACUGCCAGGAGUACCUUUGUGAUAACUGCGUCCGUGCCCACCAGAGGGUCCGGCUGACCAAGGAUCACUUCAUUGAGAGGCUAGCUGAGAGCCUGCACCAGCACCAAGCGGGUCGAGGCAAGAUCAUCCCCAUCGGAGGAGGUGGAGAAGGGGGGGGGGGCGUGGAUGUCUCCCUGGCCCAGUCCUUUCACUACAACUUCUCCCUGCUACCUUUGUUCCAGGACAGGAUGAGCUUCUGUCAGAACCACGACAACGAGGUGUUUCUGUUUUUCUGUGAGACGUGCUCGGUGCCGAUCUGUAGGGAGUGUAGCGUGGGCAGACACGUGGGCCACAGCUUCGUCUAUCUACAGGAUGCUGUCCAGGACUCCAGAGCCAUCACCAUCCAGCUACUGGCCGACGCACAGCAAGGAAGACAGGCUGUACAGCUGAGUAUGGAGAAAGCCCAGGCCAUAGUGGAGCAGGUAGAGAUCAAGGCCAAGGUGGUUCAGACAGAGGUGAAGAACAUCAUGAUCAGACACAAGAAAGCCCUGGAGGAGAGAGAGUGUCAGCUACUCUGGAGGGUUGAGAAGAUUCGCCAACUGAAAGCCAAGUCUCUGUACCUGCAGGUAGAGAAGCUGCAUCAGAACCUGACAAAGCUGGACAGCACCAUUGCAGCCGUCACUCAGGUGCUCGACGAGGGCCGUCACCUGGACGUGCUGCUGGCCAGAGAGCGCAUGCUGACCCAGAUCCAGGAGCUCAAGUCUCUCAGAGGCCUGCUGCAGCCACAGGAAGACGACAGGUUCAUGUUCAUGCCUCCAGACCAGGCCCUGUACAUAGCCAUCCAGUCCAUGGGGCUGAUCAGUAGCGGAGCGUUCGCUACCGUCACCAAAGCUCAUGGAGAGGGCCUAAAGACCGCACUCCGCGGCAAGCCUGCAUCCUUCACCGUGAUUGGCUACGACCAUGACGGGGAGCCCCGCCUCUCGGGCGGUGAUGCGGUGUCAGCAGUAGUGAUGGCAGCAGUGGAUGGUAACCUGUCGGCUGCCGAGGUGUGUGACCACCUGAACGGGUCAUACACAGUCAGCUACCUGCCCAAAGCAGAGGGAGAAUAUCUGGUGUCAGUUCUGGUCUGUAACCAGCACAUCAUGGGUAGCCCCUUUAAGGUGCUGGUGAAGUCUGGGCGGAGCUAUUGCGCCCUGGGGUCCCCGGUGUCUGCAUUCGGUGGGGAGGGGGAGGGGGAGGGGCAGCUGUGUCGCCCCUGGGGGAUCAGCGUGGACAAGGAGGGAUACGUGGUGGUGGCCGACCGCAGUAACAACCGCGUACAGAUCUUUAAACCGUGCGGUGCCUUCUACCACAAGUUUGGCUCCCUGGGUUCUCGCCCCGGUCAGUUUGACCGUCCAGCGGGCGUGGCAUGCGACAGCCAACGCCGGAUCAUCGUGGCGGACAAAGACAACCACCGCGUGCAGGUGUUCACUUUCGACGGGCAGUUCAUGCUCAAGUUUGGCGAGAAGGGCACUAAGAACGGGCAGUUCAACUACCCCUGGGAUGUGGCGGUGAAUUCUGCAGGGAAGAUACUGGUCUCUGACACCAGGAACCACCGCGUCCAGCUCUUUGGCCCUGAUGGGUCCUUCAUCAACAAGUACGGCUUUGAGGGCGCUCUGUGGAAACACUUUGACUCACCGCGCGGCGUCGCCUUCAACCACGAGGACCACCUGGUCGUCACCGACUUCAACAACCAUCGUCUGCUGGUUAUCCGGCCGGACUGCCAGUCUGCCCGGUUCUUGGGCUCAGAGGGAACCGGUAACGGUCAGUUCCUGCGUCCGCAGGGUGUGGCUGUGGACCAGGAGAACCGGAUCAUCGUGGCUGACUCGAGGAACCACCGGGUGCAGGUAUUCGAGCCCAACGGGAACUUCUUAUGUAAAUUUGGUAUGCAAGGGAGUGGCUUUGGACAGAUGGACCGCCCCUCCGGUGUUGCCGUGACGCCUGACGGAGUCAUCGUGGUCGUCGAUUUUGGAAACAACCGCAUCCUCAAGUUUUGAAGAGUUCUAAUAACUUUUUGCUUUCUUUCUUUUUCUUUCUUUUUUUGCUCUCUGUUUCUCAGUUUGGGAGAGGAAAUAAAAGAGAGGAGGAAUCAACAGACAGACACACAGAGAGAACAGUUAAAACAGAGAGAUGAACAGAGCAGACGGAAAUACUUUAUUACGAAAUUAAGGGAAAACACGGAUUUGUUGAUUAUUGUUUGUAUUUCUUUACAUUUAGCUUCAGAUUGUGGUAUACUGUAUGACAAAGGGGACCACUAAGAUGAUUGAUAAUCAUUAGUGAAAGUGACAAAAAAGAGAUCCGUAAUUUCUAUUUUUUCUAUCUCAACUGCUCAAAGCUCUCUCGCUAAACUCUCCUCAAAUCGCCAUCUCAGGGACUUUUCUCACUUUUUCUUGAAAUAUUGAACCCACUGCUCCACCACCUACCUCAUCUAGUUCUUUAUGAAUGUACUCACACUCUCCGAGCAGAGGUCUAGUCCGUCAAGUUUUACAAAGAAGAAAAGAAAGUCUACCUCAAUACUGAAUUUUAUUUAAAGAGCAACAUAAAAAUGUUUUUAUAUAUAUAUAUAUAUAUUUGCACAGGAUUAAUAGGAUUCAUGCUGUGCAUCUUGGGUAAUGUGUUUUGUUGCUGAGACACUCGGAUGCUGUAGUUCUACGCUGCAUGUUUAGUUCUGGUUAUAGAAGCCCGACCUGACCUGUAGUGUAGUCUAGAGCGUUCAGUGGUGUCAUUUGAUGUUAUCUAGAUUUAGGGUAGCUUGUUAGUUAGUAAAUCUCUGUUUAGAAUUGCCCCCUCAUCUCUCAAUGUGUAGUGUCAUGGCACUGUCAAAAGAAGAAGAGAGGGUUUUAUGUAAUGCCAAGCCUGUUUAGACUGAUUCAGCAUUAGUUAGUUAAUUAGUUAGUUAGUUAGCUCAAGCCACAGGAGGAGACUGAUGUUGAGGUAAAACUGAUCAGUAGAAUCAGAAGAAUCUCCUUUAAGCUUUACUAGUUUAUUGAUUAUAGAUCGCAGCGGAGCUGGGACAGAUGCAGUUUGAUAAUUGGUUGGAAUCACGAGGUAGUCGUUGUUGUGGGGAGAUUGUCCCUGCUGUCCCAAAUGAUCCUAUUAUCAAUUGACUAUUGUUGAUUCCCCUGUCAGGCAUCAAAGUAUUACAGGAAUAUGUUCAUGAUUGAUUAAGCAAAGCAUGCUGGAUCUAUAUACAGUAUAAGAAAAAUAAUGAAAAUGCAAAAAAAAAAAUGAGUGUUUGUCUACUCUGAAACAGAGGGCCCACCAAAGUAUUUUAGAAGUUUAUCUGGAGUUAUCAGGAUGUUGUAUCAGUUAUUGAUUUGGAAUCGUGUCGGAGUGACAUCUUGUUGUGAAUGAUGCAGGUGGAGAACGAUGCCUCCAUAAAGAGAGCAUCUUGAGUAACUGUCCACAGGACGUGACCGACAACAGUGAGAGCUAAUAAGAGAUCAGGGUUGGAUUGUGUGUUGAUUUGGGGGGCAUUCCGAUUUGCUCUUGGGGCCUAGAAUUGAAUCUAAUCCCCUUGUGAUGUCACUGCAAAGCCCCUCCCUAUUUAUUAACUUCCAGUCUGGAAUGCUGGAGAGAGAGAGAGUUCCGGAGCAUGUGCAUAAAAAAAGUUAUUGGAAAUGUUUUUAAACCAUUGUCUUAAACUCAGGGCCGUGAGAGAAGAAAAUCUAAAAAGCAAUUGAACAUGUUUAAUUCACUUCACAAACUUCAUCUGAAAGUUUCUGUAUUGAUUAUUUUAAACCCAAGAACAUGUUUUAGAACAGUAAUCUCAGUAAGAAAUAUGCUAACAUGAUUGCAAUUGCUAGCUAGAUAGCUAAAAUGGUUCCCUAGCAACAAACAUCUUAAGAUUUGUAAGAAGAUAUUUGAGAAGUUCGUAAGAAAAUCAUUACAUCUUAAGAUAUUGUUGAGGAAUUGCACUUACGAACUAUCUUAUGAACUUCUUAUUUUCUUUCUUAAGAAGCUUCUUAAGUUUUUGCGUAAGAAGCGUUUUGUGAAUCUGGGACCUGACCUCCAAAAGAUGGAGGUAUAUAGAGCCCAGCUAGUGGAGUCAACCAAAGAUAGAAUUUCUGCACAACGGCCACCUGUAGGUUUGGCAUCUAAAGAACUACAAAUUGAAAGAAACACUUUGUUGUUUAAUCAUUAGUGUUGGAGGUCUAAAACCCUCCAACUCUCACCAAAAAGAUGCAUUCAAAGCACUGUCAAUGCUGUCAAUGACAGUCAGGUGGGGAGAAGAGGAAUAUAGGGCCAACUGUGGUGAAAUAUUAUUAACAUUCACACAGUACUGUAACUUCCUGUUGAGACAAGAAUCCCAGCCAUAUAAAACUCAAUAGGUUUAUGUAGCUUUGAUUUUGAAGUACUUUUCAGGCCCACGUCUGAGGAGAACGUUGUAGAAAGGUCUGAAACCAGACCAUAUCGCACAGCAACCAAAGAGUAUCUGUGUGUGAUUUCAGUCUAGCAUCACCACCUAUGUUAACGUGACACUGACUCAUAACUCAUAUGACUCAUAACUGGCAUCCCUUAUUAGCAUUAGCAUCUCAGCCUACACAACCAUUGAGUGCUAACAGAUUCCUGAUUUAUCACCUCUGAGGUGGAACUGUUAGAGGGGUUGUAAAUACCCCUUUCCCUUGUAAAGUUAGCCACUCCCUUAGCAUAUCCUAGCCUAGCGGUAUGGGUGCUAUUAGUGGGUCGCUGACUGAACUUCUUACCUCAGAGUAAAGAGUAGGCCUGCACUUUCCAUCCUAAUUUGCAUCAACUUACACAUCUCUUCAUUUACCUCAACAUAUAUAUACCUCAACUUUCAUAUUCCUCACAUUUACCCAUGUGUAUCUCAAUUCUAAUGUAGCCUACCUCAACCAGCAUAUACAUACUGUUACAGUACCUACAUUCUCAGACCUCAUCAACAUACAAAUGUCAUUUUGCAAAUAUACCUCAGCACACAUUUGACCUCACACUUGAAAUGCCUCAUGUUACAUACAGUACACAAUAGGCCUACCUCUCAAGUAUGUUGACUAGUAACUUAUAAACAUAAAGUCUCUCUUAUGGACUAUAUACCUUAGUUUCACUUUACUUUAGUUUUUAACAUACCUCAUGUUACUUUUACCUCAACUCAUAAUUGAAUACAUGUUACCUCACCUGUCAGACCAAAGAUCUCCAUUUAAUUUGAAAUUACAAGUUACAAAUGGCCUUCUCUUCACACUGUGUCCAUGAGUGGGUUGUUUAGAAGUGUGGUGAAUUAUGCCUUUUAAUCAUAUGGAGAAACCAAAUAAUGCAGAUCUGAGAAUUGUGCCAAAAAGAUAUCUGUGAGAGUUUGGUGCCAAAUGGAGUUGGCAUCAGAAUGACACUGUCAUAGAUGGAGAAUGUCAUUGGACCAUUAUAUCCUAGAUAUGUGUUUAGCGAAUCAAAGCAGUUGGGGACAGAUCCCUGUGCUUUGAUUGGAUGCACUUAGGGGGGCUGGCCCCCUUUUGCUUUACCUCAUUUUGCAGAUCAGCAGAGCUGUAACCUGAUUGUCCAACAGUGAGAGUGAUUGUGAUGUCACUGUUGGCUGAUUGGCCUUAGAGUCUUAGUGAUGUCAGAGGCACAUGAUCAUGUAAGAUACCCCUUGUCAUUUGUUGCCAUGCGUUAGCGGGAGAGGGAGUGUUCUCUCUAAAGAGUUAGGACCUCCAUCUUACUCCCCUUAGAUGUACAAGAACGACCUCUAAUUGCAGCACAAUACACCAUUUCUCCUCAGUAAGAACAUUUACAAGUGUGGACUUUAGAGUUAGCGUAGUGUUGGUUGAGGAGGAUAGUAAUUUAUUUUGAGAUGAGUGUAAAAGUCUAACUCUUUGACAAUGCAAAACUGUGGUGUAUAGGAACACAUUGAGUGAAUAAGAUGUUUAUUUCACAUUAAUAAGCCUGUUUAGUACAUGUUAAUACAGUGGAGACGUUAGCACAUUAAAGGGCAAGUGAGUUGGAGUCCCCAGACCCUGCUGCUUAGAACCCACAACCGCUUCACCGAUAUGAUCUGUCGAUGGGUUUCAGUAUUACUAUAUGAAAUGUGUAGUCUGCAUCAAUCUUUUUUUAAAUUAAGUUGCAGGAAAUCAAUCUUUUUUUUAAAUUAAGUUGCAGGAAAUUCUAUCUUUAAGAUCCUUAGGUCUUCACUCUUAAAGAGGAAAAACAUGUAUUUUAAACUGUUUUGUUCAUUGUUUUUAUUUUUCAUUUGUUGCAUUCUUUCAAAAUUCUCUACAGUGAACCAACGUCUCACAGAUAAAUGGGUGUUGUAAACUCAGAUGGGUGGGUUACUGAAUCUGGAUGAUUUUAUCAUGAUUAUAUAGCCAAAGAUGUGUGUGUGUUAGGAGUACAUUGGAUGUAUUUAACCUUUUGACCUUUGCGAAUGUAUUUCCUAUAACCAAGAGGCUCUGCAGAAGCCAAUCAGUGCUCGACUGGCCAUGUCUUGAAUCCUGAGAUGGGAAAAAAACAGCUCAACUCGCCAUCCCUUAAAACAGAGAUGUAGCAGAGCCAGUUAGUACAACAACAACUUGUAAAGCUGCACAGUCAGCUUUUUUUUAAACCCCCCCCCUCCUGUAGUGUUUUUUGCAACCUCAUACACUAUCUGUGAAAAGAAGCUAGGUUUAUUUACAAGUUUAGCUGCCUAGCAUCGCUAGAAUCGCUUGAUUCCCCCUCAAUGAUAUCCGGGAAGUGUGGUGAUGUCUUCGGAGGAUGUGAUUGGUCACCUGUACUCCUGUUGGGCGGGGGUUUUAUUGGCCCGUGUGGUUCUGUCCACCAUUUUGUUUCAGGCCUCUCUUAGCAUUAAGAGAAAAUAAAAAGAAGAGAUGUUUUUAAAAGUGAAACUGCACCAGCUGGAAAGUCUGCAAGGUCUUAGACCUCUGUCAAUGAUUGUAUCAUCUUUAAAGAAAAAAAAAAUAUGAAAAAAAAUUGAAAGAUAAAAAAGAAAAGAAACUCAGGUAGUUCUAUGUCCCUACCCUGUGGGUGUCACAGUGUAACAUGUCUCCCCAGUGAUGCGGGUGUCACAGUGAAACAUGUCCCCCCUUGUGAUAAUGUAGUGAACCUUUCUGUUAUGACCUCAGUACUGGUCUCAUUGGUCACGUUUCAGGACAUUCUUGUUUUGCAUUCGCGCUGUCCAAACGAUGAGAUUUCUAUAUGGUUCCUGUGCUUUUAAACACCUCUACAGGCUUUGUGAGAUGUGCAGCACGACUGUGGUAAAGACGGGCUGGAACGCGACCAAAAGUUCUAUGUGUGUGUCCGUUUAGCAUAGUACACAUUAGUUUUCAAUCUGGAAAAGAACCGUAUAAUUUUUGGGGGGCUUUUUAGAUAAUCUCCCUCAAAUGUACUCUUUUAUUUUCAUGUUUUAUUUUUGUUUCAUUUUUCAAUUGUUUGAUUAACACAAAAGGACAAAUACUCCAGACCACACAACUCUCUGUGACCCUUUUGGAAUGUAUUUCUUUAAAGAAAAGGGUUUGUUGGGAGUUCAUGUUGAUUUUCGAUCACACCCAAUCCGUUGCUAGCAGGAACACAGGACAGGACUGAUACUGUGCUACCAACCAAUCAGAGUCUGGAGAAUUAGAACGGAUGCCACAUUGUCAUCCAAUAUUCCAUGCCAAUGAUGUUCCACUGAGUUGCAAUUUAGAAUGUUACUGUCAUGGAGCUUUUGUGACAAUAUGGCAUCUUUAAGAAUCUCAGUUUAUCAACACUUAGACUCUCUGUACGCCUAUUCCUCCAGGGCUUAGUAAUGCACAGCUAAUUCAACAUCACAGCUUUUAACAAGGAGUUGUCCUAACAAGUUGUCUAGAUAAAACAAGGAGUUAUCGGCUCUUAAAAUUGUUUUACCCUGUUCUGUCCUGUAUCCUGUGUGCAGGCAGGUAGUGUGUGUGUGUUUGUGCGCUGCAUCGUGUUGUUGAACAGAAAUCCACUGAAUGUAUUCUCCUCUCAGUCCACGAGGUAGGAGGAAGGCAGGGACCAGCCAAGUUUAGAUGGGUGCUGCUGGCGCUUCUAUAUGUGUGUGUGUGUGUGUGGGGGGGCGCACAUCCAUGAGUGUUUUGUGUUGGUGUACUUUCGUGUGUGUAUGUGCAUGCGCAUACCUGUGUGCGUUUGUGUGUUUCCCCCUUUCACACUGUGGUUGGUGUAGAAGUGCCGAUGUCAGGUCUUCAGUCUAAAUAUGGCAAAGUAGACUAUAAUAUAUCGGUUACCUGCUACACUCUGUCUUCUGUGGACUAUAAACGUUUCCUAUGCAGUUAUUUGGUUUACACUUAAAUAAACUUGUAUUUCUUUGA